AUGGCCGACAAUGAUGUUAAAACUAUUCAUGCAUUGGAAGAGGAAGAACUGGCAAAACACCUUUUACGUCAUUUGAAAGAUGUUUAUGAAGAAUAUCUUGAUAUUUUUGACAAAUUUUUAAAACGACAUUAUCUUAUCGUUGCUUUGUCCGGUGUUGUAACUCUUUUUGGGAUAGUCAUUCUAGUUUUAAAAUUUUAUGGAAUGGAAGGUUUAUUGUAUAGUUUUAAAGCUGUUCAAUCUUCCUUUGCUUCUCUCGUUUCUGGAGGCAGUAUUAUUGCCUUUGGUGGUAGUUUUUUAUUUACCAGUUCUGAGAAGCCAACAAUUGAUGUCCAGGAAAAUGACCCUAAAGAUGGUGCCAUUAAACUUUGCAUAGAAAGACGCUUAUGGGAGAAACUAGAAGAGACAAUUAAGAAACUUCGAAAGAAGAGGGAACUUCUGGAAACGGUGCUCGGCUACCAAGCUUUUUGGUCUGUAAUGGCUUCUAUUGUUGUUCUUAUUCUUGUUGGAGCAGAUUUUCUUGGUCUCUACCCUGACAACAUAUAUGUCGGCAUUGGCCUAAACUGUCUUCUUAGUUUGGCUGGGAUUUAUUUUAUAUAUUGUGCUUUUCGUCUUUAUUCUGUUGUCUCCACCCCAAGAAAGGUACUACAAAGAAACCGCUGGGUUUUUUUUCUUUUUGUUGUUCCUUGUUCUCUCAUGGUUGGUCUUACGGAAUGGAAUUGGAUGAUCCUUUAUUACGCUAUUACGCCUCGAAUUUUGUGGGGUAAGAAGGAUGGGAAGAAUAAGAGUUUAGAGGAUCUUCAAUUGAUAGAGGAUGUUAAUUUGUCGCCAGAUGACAAAGUUGAAAUUUUAUGUCUUCUUCGUGGCUUAAAUCCGGAUAUAUCCCAUAUGAGAAUUGAAAGAUUUUGUGAUGAAUUGGGUAUUGACAAAUAUCCUGAGUUAAUUCCAUUACUAGGUACCAACAAUAUGAAUUACUCCUCAAAAUCUGGAUUUAUCGAAUCAAUUAACAAAAUUGAAUCACAAGCAAAAAAUGAAAUUUUUGAAAAGUAUUUCUACCUCGGAGAAUCACUUGUAAAAUGUUUGAAUAGCGAUUCUCAAGAUUUUAAUAUGAAUGACGAAGAAAUUAUACGUAAAUUUGCUUCUAUUGACUCCAGUGCAAAGAAACAAAUUUAUAUCCAUUUAUUUAAACUCGGAAAAGAGCUUUCCGAAUUUUUUGAACAUUCUCCUCAAGAAAAGCCUAAGAAUCUGUUUCCUGAAGAGAUUGAAGUUGCUCAAAACGCUAUCAAAAUCUAUAGCAUUUUCGUCAAAAUUGGUAUAGAAAAAAUCAAACUAAUCAGAACAUUCACCGUCUCUACUGUUGGAAAAUUCACCAACAAUGAGGUUAAGUCUAUUGUUGCUACGUAUAAAAAAUUUUCAGCGAAGAAUGAUAAUCAUGCCUAG